GCAUUUUGCGGCUGGCAGCUGCCCACGGAGCGAGCUUCGCGGCCGCUGAGAGCCGCCUCGGGGGAGAAGCAGGAGAUUGUCUACAAUUACUUCGCGCAGGACUAUGCUUUGGUCACGCGCAAGGAGAAGACCUUCGAUGUAGGGCAAUGGCUUUCAGAGCUGUUGCCAUGGUCGGACGGGGAGCAACGGGCACGCGAAGUCCUCUCUGAAUUGCUGCCAAAGUGGCGCAGUAUCGAUGUCGGUCCACAGACCGACAUCGCUCUUCGACGCCGCUUCCGCGCGUUGGCAGCUGCAACUGGAGGUGAGGAAACUGCUUUGGCUGCCAUGCGCCGCAACAUCGCCGUACUCUACUUUGGCGAGGGUCAGAUCCAGCAAGCCGGCGAAGUCCUGCGGAAAAUGCUGGGCAAAGAGAGGGCUGCGGAGGUCAUUCGGAAAAAUCCGGGCGUGCUCACAAUCGCACCAAGGAACUUAGAGAACAACAUUGGGUCCGUCUGUUUGGCGGCGGAUGUCAUCGAUGUUCUCGUGCAGAAUGGGGAGGUCUCUCGGCUCGUGGCAGGUGCAUUUGGCCUCUUCUUCGUGGUUGGCAUUGCAAAAGCACUGGGUGACGUCGUUUAUCUUCGGGUGCUGGAUCAGGCUUGA